UGUUUUUGGUGGCUUCUUGCGCUGUGUUUAUUGUAAUGGCAAUAGUUUUGAGUUAACGGUUGCAAUUACUACCGUUUGCAUGUACACACUAAUAACCUUUUGCUGUUGUCGAUUUCCGCUGGUUGACAUGACGAUCGAUCUAGUGGAAAAAAAGAAGGUUCACUGGCGGGGUUUCCUAGUCAGGAUUUAGAGGCGUGGUCUUCCACGACAGCUUGUUUAUCAUUUAACCAUGCGCAUAAACUUGGAGCAUCAGAUGGCAAGGCUUGCGUUCUAUUUGAAUCACUAUAUUUCCCAAAUGCUGGUCUUCCUAUUUAUUUUUUUUUACCUCUGUAGCCACAUGGUGCUCGCGGACACCAUAGAGCUAGAUGACGCAACAGCAUCAACACCACAGCAACAACCCAUUUCUUCAAAAGUAUAUAUAAUAUUUCUCGGCAAACCCACAGGAAUUUUGGGGUGGAUCGUCGCUGCAGCAAACUAUGCUCUAACAGAAGACCUUAUUAAGAGUACUGCCGCACCUCGGGAAAAAAAUGAACAAGUCCUUCGAGUACCAUGUGGUUGAUAUUUCGCUGAGUUUUGGCCCAGCCUUACUGGAGCCGAG